CUGAGGGAAGCUUCAGCCUGCCGAAGCAGAGCUUUUGGUGUCCGGUUAGGCGCGUGGGCUUGGCCAUGGCUGAGGCAGGAGGACAACCUGAGGAAACGUCUGCAGUUGACGAGUUCAUUGAUAUUAUCAAGAGCAGAUCUGAUGAAAGGGAAGAUGUUCAAAAGAAAACAUUCACAAAAUGGAUAAAUGCACAGUUUUCUAAGUUUGGUAUUCAUCCAAUUGAAGAUCUCUUCAAAGAUUUGCAAGAUGGUCGAAAGCUUUUGGAACUCCUGGAAGGUCUUACAGGACAAAAACUUGGGAAAGAAAAGGGCUCCACUAGAGUUCAUGCCUUGAACAAUGUCAAUAAAGCACUACAAAUCUUGCAGAAAAAUAAUGUAGAUCUGGUAAAUAUUGGCAGUAUAGAUAUUGUGGAUGGAAAUCAUAAAUUGACCCUUGGAUUGGUUUGGAGUAUAAUUCUCCACUGGCAGGUAAAAAAUGUUAUGAAAAGCAUCAUGGCUGGACUGCAACAAACAAACAGUGAAAAGAUCUUGUUAAGCUGGGUUCGUCAAUCAACUCAGAACUAUCCACAGGUCAAUGUUUUUGAUUUCACCAAUAGCUGGUCUGAUGGUUUGGCUUUCAAUGCACUCAUACACAGUCACAGGCCAGAUCUCUUCAAUUGGGAGAUUGUGAUUUAUCAACAGUCCGCUGUGCAGAGAUUAGAUCAUGCAUUCAAUAUAGCUAAACAAUACCUAGGAAUUGAGAAACUCCUUGAUCCUGAAGAUGUUGCAACAACUUAUCCUGACAAGAAAUCCAUCUUGAUGUAUGUGACAUCACUUUUCCAAGUCCUGCCCCAGAAGGUUACUCUAGAAGCCAUCCAUGAAGUUGAAACAUUGCCACAGGAAGUAAAGCACAUUAGAGAACAACAAAUCCAAUUACAUCCACAACUGUUUUCUCAACAGAUCAAAGUCAGUGUAGCACAGGGCCAUAUGUGCACCCCUUCACCUAAGCCUCGUUUCAAAAGCUAUGCAUACACACAAACUGCUUAUGUCAUGUCCUCUGACCAAAAAGGGAUGAUGUUCCCUCCGCAGCAUUUUGAAAGUCAAGAACAGAAGUUAUUUGCAACUUCACCCAUGAGUUCAGAAACAGACCUAGAAAGCUACCAAACUGCAUUAGAAAAAGUCCUAUCAUGGCUUCUGUCUGCUGAAGAUUCAUUGCAAGCACAAGGAGAGAUCUCCGCUGACGUAGAGGAAGUUAAAGAACAGUUUCACACUCAUGAGGGUUUUAUGAUGGAAUUAACUGCUCACCAGGGAUGUGUUGGUGACAUUUUGCAAGCAGGCAGCCAACUUUUGGGAACAUUUGGAAAACUUUCAGAAGAUGAAGAAAAUGAAAUACAAGAACAAAUGAAUAUUCUAAAUUCACGCUGGGAAAAUCUAAGAGUCAGAAGUAUGGAAAGACAGAACAAUUUACACCAAGUUCUAAUGGAUUUACAAAAUCAGCAGCUCAGUGAGCUAUCUGACUGGUUAGCUAAAACAGAAAAAAGAACAGCAAAGAUGGAGUCAGAACCUUUGGGGCCUAAUCUAGAAAGCUUAAAGAAGCAGGUAGAAGAACAUAAGAUUCUUCAAGAAGACUUAGAACAGGAACAAGUCAAGGUUAAUUCACUUACUCAUAUGGUAGUUGUAGUAGAUGAGGCUAGUGGAGAUAGGGCUACAAUUGCAUUAGAACAACAACUUCAGCUUUUAGGAAACCGUUGGGCAACAAUAUGUAGAUGGACAGAGGAUCGUUGCUUUAUUCUGCAAGAUGUUCUUCGAAAAUGGUUGCAAUUUAUUGAAGAACAGGGUCUUUUGGAUACAUGGUUUACUGAAAAGGAAGAAUUUGUGACCACUAUCCAUACUACCGAUUUCAAAGACCAGAAAGAAAUGUUGGAAAAUCUACAAAAAUUGGCCAUCUUGAAAGGAGAAUUGGAAAUCAAGAGACAAUCAUUGGAUAAACUGAAUUCUCUCAGCCAGGAUGUCCUCUCAGCAGUAAAAAGUAAAGGAUUAUCACAAAAACUGGAAGGGUGGCUACAAAACAUUAGUCACCGCUGGGAUAGUUUGGCACAGAAGCUGGAGGGCAGUUCUAAGCAGAUUUCACAAGCUGUUGCUGACAUUCAAACAUCAUUAACACAGACCACAGUAAUGGAAACUGUGACUAUGGUGACCACCAGAGAGCAGAUCCUGGUUAAACAUGGUAAAGAGGAGCUCCCACAAGUCCCAUCUCCCAAGAAGAGGCAAUUUAUUGUAGAUUCUGAAAUUAAGAAAAGAUUUGAUGUUGAUACAACAGAACUUCACAGUUGGAUGACUCGUUCAGAAGCUAUACUACAGAGUCCUGAGUUUGCAAUAUAUAGAAAAGAAGGAAACCUAUCUGAUCUCAGAGAAAAAGUUAAUAUCAUAGAACGAGAAAAACCUGAAAAGUGCAGGAAGCUUCAAGAUGCCAAUAGAUCAUCUGAGGCCCUCGUAGAACAGAUGGUGAAUGAUGGGCUUAAUGCUGACAAUAUCAGACAGGCUUCAGAACAGUUGAACAUCCGGUGGAUUGAGUUCUGUCAAUUACUGAGUGAAAGACUGGCAUGGUUGGAGUAUCAAAAUAACAUCAUUGCCUUCUACUCUCAGCUGCAGCAAUUGGAGCAUACAGUAAUUACUGUUGAAAAUUGGAUCAAAGCACAGCUCUUACCAGCAGCAGAUCCUGAUGCAGUGAAAAUACAGUUAGAUAGGUGCAAGGAUGAAGUGGUCCACUUUUCAAGCAUUCAACCUCGGAUAGAAAAACUGAAGGUACAAGGCAAAGCACUAAAAGAGAACCAACAGUGUCCAGUGUUUUUGGAAGCAGAUCUUGUUGCCUUUAGUAAUCAUUUCGCUCAAGUAAACAAUGAUUUGAAAGCAAGAGAAAAACAGCUACAAACAACUUUUGAUAUUUUGCCACCUGUACGGUAUAAAGAAAUUAUGAAUACAAUUCUCUUGUGGAUACAACAAUCAGAAACAAAGCUCUCCAUCCCAGAAGUUACUGUCACAGAUUUAGAAACUGCGGAGAAAAGGCUCAAGGAGUUAAAGGAUUUACAAAGUUCUCUGCAAGAACAGCAAAAUGGAAUCGAUUAUUUAAGCACAACUGUGGAAGAGAUGUCUAAGACAGCUCCUGCAGGGGUCAGUCAGAAGUACCAGUCAGAAAUUGAGGUAAUCCUUAAAAGUUGGAAAAAGUUAUCAACUCAGCUGGUGGAAAAUUGUCACAAACUUGACGAACAGAUAACAAAGUUGAAGCAGUUCCAGAAUGACACAAAAACCCUGAAAAAAUGGAUGGCUGAAGUGAAUAUUUUUCUAAAUGAAGACUGGCCAGCACUUGGAGAUUUAGAAGCACUAGAGAAACAAUUAGAACAGUAUACAGCUUUGGUGAAUGACAUCCAGACAAUCCAGCCUAAUUUGAAUAGUGUUAAUGAGAUUGGACAAAAAAUGAACAAGGAAACAGAGCCAGAGUUUUCUUACAAAUUACAGACUGAUCUUAAAGCACUGAAUGCUGAAUGGGAUAGUAUUUGCCAGCAGGCCUAUGCUAAGAAAGCAGCAUUGAAUAACAGUUUGGAUAAGACUGUAAGUCUACAAAAAGAUUUGUCAGAAAUGCAUGAGUGGAUUACACAAGCAGAAGAUGAAUAUCUGCAGAGGGAUUUUGAAUACAAAACACCAGAUGAACUGCAGAAAGCUAUUGAAGAAUUAAAGAGAGCAAAAGAAGAGGCCCAACAGAAAGAGAUGAAAGUAAAACUUCUCACUGAUUCUGUGAACAAUUUUAUAGCAAUAGCUCCACCUGCAGCUCAUGAGGGUUUAAAAAAAGAACUUGACGUUUUAACUAAGAAUUACCAGCGACUGUGCAGCAGGAUAAAUGGGAAAUGCAAAACACUGGAGGAGGUAUGGGCAUGUUGGCAUGAGCUUCUGUUGUAUUUGGAUAUUGAAAGCAAAUGGUUGAAUGAGCUGGAAUCAAAAAUCAAGGCAACAGAAAAUAUUCAAGAAGCUACAGAAGAGAUAUCAGUAGCACUAAAUUCUCUGAAAACAUUAAGACAGCAUCCAGAAGAUAAUCGCAAUCAGAUUCGUGAGCUGGCACAAACUUUAACAGAUGGUGGAGUUUUGGAUGAAUUGAUCAAUGAGAAACUUGAAAAAUUCAAUAUUCGGUGGGAAGAGCUACAACAAGAGGCUGUGAGAAGUCAGAAGUUUCUUGAACAAAGUAUCCACUCUGCUCAGGAGAUUGACAAAACCCUUCAAUUAAUUCAAGAGUCUCUGGCCUUCAUUGAUCGACAAUUAACAGGAUAUAUUAUAGAUCGAAUUGAUGCAGCACAUGUACCUCAAGAAGCACAGAAAAUUCAAUCAGACUUAACAAGCCAUGAGAUUAGCUUGGAUGAAAUGAAGAAAUGUAACCAGGGUAAAGAAUCUGCCAAAAGGAUAUUCUCUCAAAUUGAUACUGCACAGAAAAAAUUACAAGAUGUCUUUAUGAAAUUUCGCUUGUUCCAAAAGCCAGCCAAUUUUGAGCAGCGAUUACAAGAAAGUAAAAGAAUUUUAGAUGAAGUAAAAUUGCAAGUGCCAAAGUUGGAAUGGAGAAGUGUUGAGCAGGAAGCAAUGCAGUCACAGCUGGAUAAUUGUAUGAAAUUAUAUAAAACUCUUAGUGAAGUGAAAUCUGAAGUGGAAACAGUAAUAAAAACUGGGCGUCAGAUUGUACAGAAGCAGCAAACUGAAAAUCCCAAAGAACUAGAUGAAAGGCUGACAGCUUUGAAAUUACAGUAUAAUUAUUUGGGUGCCAAGGUAACAGAGAAAAAGCAAGAACUAGAGAAAUGUUUGAAAUUAUCUCGGAAACUCAGAAAGGAAAUGAAUGCUCUGACAGAAUGGCUGGCAAUGAUAGAUUCAGAACUGACAAAGAGAUCAGCAGUAGAAGGAGUGCCUAUCAAUUUAGAUGCUGAACUUGCCUGGAGCAAGGGAACACAAUUAGAGACUGAAAAACGACAGCAUCAGCUGAAGAUUAUCACUGACUUGGGAGAGGGAUUGAAGAUGGUGCUUAAAGGGAAAGAAAGAUUGGUGAAUGAUAAACUCAGCCUUCUCAGUAGUAACUGGAUUGCAGUAACUUCACGAGCUGAGGAAUGGUUUAAUUUGCUGCUGGCAUAUCAAAAACAUAUGGAAACAUUUGAUCAGAAUGUUGUUAAUAUCACCACAUGGAUGUAUCAAACAGAAAUACUCUUAGAUGAAUCUGAAACCCAAAGCCCCCAGCAGAGAAACAACAUUCUUAAGUGCUUAAAGGCUGAGCUAAAUGAUAUGCGUCCAAAGGUAGACUCUGUUCUUGACCAAGCCAUUGACUUGAUGACAAAUCGUGGAGGUCACUGCAGGAAAGUAAUAGAACCUAAACUGACAGAGCUCAACCAACGGUUUACAACAGUAUCAGAAAGAAUUAAACAUGAAAAGCCCUUCAUUUCUUUGAAGGAAUUGGAGCAGUUUAACUUUGACAUACUAAAAUUGCUUGAACCAUUGGAGGCUGAAAUUCAGGAGGGGGUGAAUCUGAAAGAAGAAGACUUCAAUAAAGAUAAGAGUGACAAUCAUGAGGGCACUAUAAAAGAAUUGCUUCAACGUGGAGAUAUGCUUCACCAAAUGAUCAAGGAUGAACAAAAAAGAGAAGAAAUAAAAAAGAAACAGCAUUUGUUGCAAAACAGACAUAAUGCUCUCAAGGAUAUGAGAUCAGACAGAAGGAAAAAAGCUUUGGAGAUUUCACAUCAGUGGUAUCAAUAUAAGAAGCAGGCAGAUGAUUUAAUGAAGUUCCUGGAUGACAUAGGAAAAAAAAUGUCAGUCCUGUCAGAUCCCAUAGAUGAACAUAAGCUAAAGGAAAUUGAUCGAGAACUGGAGAAGAAGAAGGAAGAGCUGAACAUUGUACAGAGGCAAGCUGAUCGCUUGUCUAAGGAUGGGGCUGCAAAAGCAGUGGAACCAACCCAGAUACAGCUCAGCAAGCGCUGGCAAGAUAUUGAGAGCAAAUUUGCUCAGUUUCGAAGACUCAACUAUGCACAAAUUCAAACUGUUCAUGAGGAGACUACUGUACUGAUGACUGAAGGUAUGCCAAUGGAAACUUCUUAUGUUCCUUCUGCAUACCUGGCAGAGAUCCAACAACUUCUACAAGCUUUGUCCACCUUGGAAGACUUCCUUAUUUCUUCCACCCUUCAGGGAAAGGACUAUGAAAAUCUUGUUAGAAAAGAAGAUGAUCUCAAGAAAAUUAAGGACACCGUAGGGAGAUAUUCAAAUCAAAUUGAAAUCAUUCAGAACAAGAAGCCUGCAGUUCUGAAAAGUGCCACACAUGGUGAAGCUAUGAAAAUUGAGGAAAAGCUUACUCAACUUACUUCCCAGUGGGAAAAAGUUAAUAAGAUACAUUGGGAUCAACAGGCAAAAUUUGACAAAUCAUUGGAAAAAUUGAGAAAUUUCCAUCAUGAUAUGAAGAAUUUUAACCUCUGGCUAACUGAAAUAGAACAAACUUUAGCUAAAAUAGCUAAAGAUGAUCCAAAUGUUUCUAAAAGCAAGCAAUACAUCCAGGAUCUUCAGGAUGAUAUUGAGAGGCAGCAAGCUGUUGUCAGAAAUUUGAACAUAGAUGGAGAUAAGAUUAUUCAGCAAUCAUCAGCAACAGAUGCCAGCAUUUUAAGAGAACAAUUGGACAGUUUGAAUUCCCAAUGGAAAGAAGUCUGCAGGCAAUUGGCAGAGAGAAAAAAGAGAUUUGAUGAGGAACAGCAUCUUCUGGCAGAAUUACAGCGUAACUUCAAUAAGUUUAUUUUAUGGUUAAAUGAAGCCAGCACUGUUGUCAGCAUUCCAGCUGAGUCAGGAAAUGAAUAUCAGUUAAAAGCCACCCUUCAAAAAGUAAAGUUAAUAGUGGAAGAACUACCUUCACGCAAGGGAAUACUGAACCAAUUAAAUGAAGCUGGAGGAAAAGCACUCAGUAGUGUAUCACUGACCCCUGAAGUAAAACAUAACCUUGACAGUAGACUCAAAGAGGCUAACCAUCGCUGGAUAAAGGUAUCCAAAGAUCUGCCUGAGAAAGAGAAAGAAAUUGAAUGUAUGUUAAAUAACUUGAAUCAAUUUGAACAACAGUUAACUCAGCUAAGAUUGUGGCUUACUCCCAUCAAGGAUCAGUUAGUACUAUACAAUCAAGUGGAUCAGCCUGGAACUUUUGACAUUAAGGGAAUUGAAGCAACUGUAAAAUGUAAACAGCCAGAUGUGGAAGGAAUUCUGUCUAAAGGGCGUCAUUUAUAUAAAGAAAAACCAGCUACUCAACUAGUAAUGAAAAAAAUGGAGGAUUUAAACACUGACUGGAAAACAGUAAAUCAUUUAAUCCAAGCACGAAAAGAAAAGCCAAGGUCUGCAGUUCCAGUUGAAUCUUUUGGGGCUGAAACUCUAGUAUCCAAGGAAACUACCAUCUCCAAACAAGAAAUGCCAUCAUCUUUGCUUCUAGAGGUACCAGCCCUGGCUGAUUUUAAUAAGGCAUGGGCAGAUCUCAGUGACUGGCUUUCUCUGUUGGAUCGAGUGAUACAAUCCCAUAUAGUUACUGUCGGUGAUCUUGCUGAAAUCAAUGACAUGAUCAUCAAACAAAAGGCAACAUUACAAGAUCUGGAACAAAGGCGCCCACAGCUUGAAGAAUUAAUAACAACAGCCCAGAAUCUGAAAAAUAAAACUAGCAAUCAAGAGGCUCGAACAAUCAUCACUGAUCAAAUUGAAAAAAUACAAAACCAGUGGGAUGAAGUGCAAGGUCACAUUCAGAACCGAAGGCAACAGUUACAUGAAAUGUUGAAAGAUUCAACACAAUGGUUGGAAGCAAAGCAAGAAGCUGAGCAAAUACUAGAAUGUGCCAAAAUGAAGGUUGGAACAUGGAAGGAUAUUUCUUAUACAGUGGAAGGACUAAAGAAACAAAAUGCUGAGCUCAAGGCAACCCCGAGAAAUAGAAGGAAAGAGCCCUUGUUUAAGAUUGUGGAAGUGACGAUUGGAAAUGUUGGAGAGCGAGAGGCUUCAUUGGAAGCAGCCCUAAGGCUUUUGCAACAAUUCUACUUAGAUCUGGAACAGUUUCUUGCUUGGCUUACAGAAGCAGAAACCACUGCCAAUAUCCUACAGGAUGCUACAUGUAAAGAGACAAUUGUAGAAGAUGCUCAAGGAGUACAGGAGCUAACGAGGCAAUGGCAGGAGCUUCAGAAAGAAAUUGAAACCCAUACAGAUAUCUUCCAUAGCUUGGAUGAAAAUGGACAGAAAAUCUUGAGGUCACUUGAAGGUUCUGAUGAUGGUGCCUUAUUGCAGAGACGCCUGGAUAACAUGAACUUCCGAUGGAGUGAACUUCGGAAAAAAUCUUUAAAUAUCAGGUCUCAUCUAGAAGCCAGUUCUGAUCAGUGGAGACGUCUACACCUUUCUCUUCAGGAACUUCUGGCAUGGCUGCAGUUGAAAGAAGAUGAGCUAAAGCAACAGGCACCAAUUGGUGGUGAUCUUCCCACUGUACAAAAGCAGAAUGAUAUCCAUAGGGCCUUUAUGAGGAAACUAAAAAUGAAAGACCCUAUUAUCUUGAAUGCACUUGAAACAGCCCGAAUAUUCAUAUCUGAAAAGCCUCUGGAAGGACUGGAGAAGUUUUACCAGGAUCCGAGAGAGCUGUCUCCAGGUGAAAGAGCCCAGAAUGUGACUCGGUCCCUGAAGAAGCAGGCAGAUGAUGUUAAAACAGAAUGGGAUAAACUGAAUCUACAAUCUGCAGGCUGGCAAAAAAAGAUUGAUGAAGCCCUUGAAAGACUACAAGAGCUUCAUGAGGCAAUGGGUGAUUUCGAUCUAAAACUUCAUCAGGCAGAAACUGUCAAAGAGUCUUGGCAGCCAGUUGGGGAUUUGCUCAUUGACUCACUGCAGGAUCAUCUCGAUAAACUGAAGGUCUACCAAGGAGAAAUUACACCUCUUAAAGAGAACCUGAACAAUGUUAAUGGCUUAGCUCAUCAGUUUACCUCAUCUGAGAUUCCACUUUCUCCAUAUAUGCUCAACCAGCUAGAAGACCUGAAUGGAAGAUGGAAAUUCCUGCAGUUGUCCAUUGAUGAACGUAUCAGGCAGCUGCAUGAGGCCCACCGAGAUUUUGGCCCCACUUCUCAGCACUUUCUUUCCACUUCUGUCCAGGGCCCAUGGGAAAGGGCUAUAUCACCAAAUAAAGUGCCCUACUACAUAAAUCAUGAGACGCAAACUACUUGCUGGGAUCAUCCUAAAAUGAUAGAGCUCUACCAGUCUUUAGCUGAUUUGAACAAUGUUCGAUUCUCAGCAUAUAGAACUGCCAUGAAGCUCCGAAGACUACAGAAAGCUCUCUGUUUGGAUCUUUUGAAUCUGUCUGCUGCAUGCGAUGCCUUGGAUCAGCACAACCUCAAACAGAAUGACCAACCAAUUGAUAUACUUCAGAUCAUUAACUGCUUGACUACCAUUUAUGAUAAAUUGGAACAAGAGCACAAUAACCUAGUCAACGUCCCUCUAUGUGUAGAUAUGUGCCUCAACUGGCUUUUGAAUGUUUAUGACACGGGUCGAACUGGAAGGAUCCGAGUCCUGUCUCUUAAAACUGGUAUAAUUUCAUUGUGUAAAGCACAUUUGGAAGAUAAAUACAGAUAUCUGUUCAAGCAAGUAGCUAGUCCCACUGGAUUCUGCGAUCAACGUCAUCUGGGUCUCCUCCUACAUGACUCUAUCCAGAUUCCAAGGCAGCUGGGAGAAGUUGCUUCUUUUGGUGGCAGUAAUAUUGAACCCAGUGUUAGGAGUUGUUUUCAGUUCGCAAAUAACAAACCUGAAAUUGAAGCAGCUCUUUUUCUGGAUUGGAUGAGACUUGAACCACAAUCAAUGGUAUGGCUUCCAGUUUUACAUAGAGUGGCAGCUGCUGAAACUGCCAAACAUCAGGCCAAGUGCAACAUCUGUAAAGAAUGUCCAAUUAUUGGAUUCAGAUACAGAAGCUUAAAGCACUUUAACUAUGAUAUCUGCCAAAGUUGCUUCUUUUCUGGCCGAGUUGCAAAAGGUCAUAAGAUGCACUAUCCAAUGGUGGAAUAUUGUACACCAACUACUUCAGGAGAAGAUGUCCGUGACUUUGCCAAGGUAUUAAAAAAUAAAUUCCGAACCAAAAGAUACUUUGCAAAACAUCCAAGAAUGGGUUAUUUGCCUGUACAAACAGUGUUGGAAGGAGACAACAUGGAAACUCCUAUUACUCUGAUCAACUUCUGGCCAGUAGAUUCUGCGCCUGCUUCAUCCCCUCAGCUUUCACAUGAUGAUACGCAUUCACGCAUUGAGCAUUACGCUAGCAGGCUAGCAGAAAUGGAGAACACCAAUGGAACAUAUAUGAAUGAUAGCAUUUCUCCUAAUGAGAGCAUAGAUGAUGAGCAUUUGCUAAUCCAGCACUACUGCCAAAGUUUAAACCAGGAAUCACCACUCAGUCAACCUCAAAGUCCUGCUCAGAUUUUAAUUUCUUUAGAAAGUGAAGAAAGAAGUGAGCUGAAGAGAAUCUUUGCAGACUUGGAGGAAGAAAAUAGAAACCUGCAGGCAGAAUAUGACCGGUUGAAGCAGCAACAUGAUCACAAAGGACUAUCUCCACUGCCAUCCCCGCCUGAGAUGAUGCCCAAUUCACCACAGAGUCCAAGAGAUGCUGAACUCAUUGCAGAAGCCAAGUUGCUUCGUCAACACAAAGGUCGCCUAGAAGCCAGGAUGCAGAUCCUAGAGGAUCACAACAAACAGCUAGAAUCACAGCUACAUAGACUAAGACAGCUAUUGGAACAGCCUCAAGAUGCAAAGGUGAAUGGUACAACCCAGUCUUCUCCUACCUCAGUACAGAGGUCGGAAAAUAAUCAGCCAAUGCUUCUCCGUGUUGUUGGUAGUCAGACUACAGAAUCUAUGGGUGAGGAUGAUCUACUAAGUCCUCCCCGGGCCACAAGCACAGGGUUAGAAGAGGUCAUGGAACAGCUUAACAGUUCCUUCCCAAGUAUAAGAGGCAACAAUGUAGUUAGCCUUUUCCACGUGGCAGAUGACCUGGGCCGAGCAAUGGAAACCUUAGUGACAGUGAUGACUGACAACUAAUUAGUAGAAUAACAAGUUCUGUUUUACAACUUCAGGCAUAACCUGCAUGGUUUUUAUAAUAUUCAUAUGAGAAAGAAUUAGACUGUAAGAGUUUACAUGAAAACAAAUCUAUAUUUUUGUGAAGGAUAGUGGUACUAUACUGUAGAUUUAAGUAGUUUCCUAAGUCUGUUAUUGUUUUGUUAACAAUGGCAGGUUUUACACAUCUAUGCAAUUGUACAAAACAAAAAAAAAACUACAUGUAAAAUCUUGACAGCUAAAUAACUUGCCAUUUCUUUAUAUGGAACGGAUUUUGAGUUGUUUAAAAAAAUUUAUAGCUAUUAUAAAGAAAGGCUGUAAACGAAGUGUGCUUUAUAAAAAUGUUUAUAUAAAUCCCCAGAAAAACACAGAAAAAAAAUGAGACAGUGCAUUUGUUUAGCAUCACUUCAACUUGGUAAUUAUACCCAACAGAUAUUCAUGUUCUGUGUUCUUUUCCUUAAAGUCAAACAGAAUUUCUGCAACAUCAGUCAGCCUACAUUUCUUCUUGCAUCUGACUAGCUCUUGCUUUAAAAUUAUUAUUUUCCAAAACUUCCAGUUGAUGCAGUUUUCCAUGUCCUGAGCAAGUCUUACUAGAAUUAUCCAGCUAGAUGGCAAUAAUAUGAAAGAGCACAUUACAUGACAAAUAUCAGAAUUUGCAGAAAGUAAGACAAAUUGAACCUAUAUUCUAAGCUCUUGUUAUUUCCUCUCUACUUUGGAUCUGAAUGUUAAAAGUAAACACAAAAUAGAAAUUGCCUUAUUGGAUUAUAUCAGUGGGCUUAGGUGUCCUUAUCCUGCCUCUGGCACUGGCCAGCACCUUAAUGUUUCAAAGUAAAAAUACAAUUUGCUUUCAUGCCCUGUGAUGCCACUUUUUAUCAGAUAUUCUGCAUCUGUGUGUGUAUUAGGAUGAAGACUUGUCUAUAGAUACUAGUCUGUGAUCUGCUUAAUCUUUAGAUUAUUCAUAUUAUUAUUUAAUAUUUCAUUUUUAUAGAAGAAGUAUUGAGUAUUGAAAAUUGCCUAAAUAUUUUAAAACACACAAAGCACUAGUUUUUGCCUUGUAACAAAUUCCAAGGAGCCACACAAGUUUCACACCAACAGUAAUAAAACUGAAUAGUGUGGCACAAUGGUAAACAUCAACUCUAUCAGCUGCUUAAAGUAGCCACACUGCUUCAUGAGAAGCUGGUUGUCCAAAAUGAAAUCCAGCAAUCCUACUCUACAAGUAAUGUCGCACAAUUAACAAUGACUCGGGAGAGGGAUGGUAGAAAACAGAUGUUAGAAAACAGUCUCUCAAGUUUACUAUUAUAAAAUGUUGAGGUGCUGUUAACAAAACCUUCACCGUUUUCUUUUUUUCCACCAGCCUUUAAUUCCAUUGUCUAAAGACAGAUUUUUACCAUCUAAUACAUUUUAAUACUUUGCAAAAGUUAAAUCUGUUACUUCUUGUAUGGUAUGAUUAAAACCAGGGGAAAAUAUAUAUAUUUUUAAUGCUAGUUAACAUUCAACAUGGUAGUCAUGUUAUUUCUACCUCACUUUUGUUUUAUGGUGUUCCUGACAAUUAUGUAGAGAAGGUAUGCAUCAUCAACCACUUAUCCAUUGUGUAAACUGGUGUUCUUUUAAUACCAAUACAGUAUAAAACAUUUAAAAUUUAGUAACUCGCAAAGAAAGUCCAUACAUUUUCAUGCUUUUUAAAAGACUUUGAGCACAAUUCAGUCUAGAAUGAGCACAGUGAUUACCCACAAAUAAAUUAGUCUAGAGUUUUAAAAAACCCUAUUUCCUACUCUUUCUUUAGUGAGUCUCAUGUGCAUCUCCCUGAAACAACAAAUUUCCUUUUUCAUUCAGGAAUGUUUUCUUCACUUCUGGGGAUUCACACUAAGAUGAUUAUUAAAAGGCUCUGUUACAUCCUAUACAAAUCCUUCUCUUUGCAAAGUCCGCACUAAUGCAAUGCUAGACUGAAUCAUAGGCUUAUUUACGAAUGAAUAACCUAUAUAUUUCAUAGCCUUUAUGUAAGAUUUUAUAGAUUCAAUUAUAGGAUGGGAUUAUUUUUUUCUUUUAUGCCUUUGUGUUUAAAGUUCUCUUUUAAAAGAUUUGAGACUAAUAGAGUGCACAACUAUUUUCAUCAGAGUUAUUUCUUUUUUAGACAUUAGAUUUGAAGUGGAUCUGUCAAAAAUAUUUAAAAGAGUUUAAGAGCUUUAUUGCUGCUUUUAAAGAGUUUCUUUGGAACUACUUCAUGUUCCUUAUAUCCAUACACUACUAAACUAUAAAACAUUUUCAGCAUAACCGAAUAAUGUCUGGCAUAUUAUACCCUUUUCAUGCAGUACUGAUUUAUUACUUGGGUAUCAUAUAUUGUGUUCUAAUAUCAACACUGUAACAUUUACUAAUUAUUUUUAUAAACUUCAGUUUUACUGCAUUUUUCACAACAUAUUGAAUUUCACCAAAUAUAUGCCUUACUUACUGUAUUAUAUACUGCUUUACUGUGUAUAUCAAUAAAGCACGUAA